CCCACGUGUCUUUCUUUAGUAUUUCUUGUCGUUUCUUUACCAGUAUAUUUUCCUGGCUCACCGCUGUUCUUUUACGAUUACGUCGGCCAGAACUGAAAAAUGUCUUUCAAAGAAAAAGGAGGUCCCGAGGAAGAAACUCAAAUACACAGAAUCCGCAUCACGUUGACCAGCAGAAACGUCAAAAGCCUCGAGAAAGUGUGCAGUGACUUGAUUAAAGGAGCCAAAGAAAAACUUGAGGUGAAGGGUCCUGUCCGUUUACCUACAAAGCGUUUGCGUAUCACAACUAGAAAGACACCUUGCGGAGAAGGGUCCAAGACGUGGGAUCGUUAUGAGAUGAGAAUUCACAAAAGAUUGAUUGACCUUCACAGUCCGUCGGAGAUUGUAAAGCAAAUUACAUCAAUCAGCAUUGAACCUGGUGUUGAAGUUGAAGUGACAAUUGCUGAUGCAUGAUCUUGUGAUGAAAAUAAUUAAAAGUUGAAGUUCAUCAAUAAAGUUUUGGGAAUCAUAAA